UUGCAGGAGACUUAACCAGUAUUGUACCAUUAAUUGCAGAGAUUCCAAAUUAUAGUGGACAAAUUCCACCAGAUGAAUGGUAUCAAAGAAUUAAUCAAAUAUUAACUUUACCAUCAAUUAUGUCAGCCGCCUUUGAUAAUCCGCUUCGAGCAGAUAUUUUAAAAA